AUGACUACAUUCAAACAACUUUUCAUGGUCACUUUGCUUCUAGCAAUCUGUCUCUUCGUUUCGUCUGACGCAAUGCCAAUGCCAAUGCCAAUUCCCGGCUCGGCUAUUGCCAAUGGUGGCCCUGGCGUUGUUGGGGGAAGCGGUAGUAUGACUGGUGUUACUGGUACUGGUGGUUCGGCCGUCGCCACCUGUUUCAACUCGGGUCCUGGAGGUUGGCCUGCCUGA